AUGGCGCCCAGGAGAAUCCCCGCCGAGGACGCGGACCCGUCGCCGCUCGCGGCGCCCCUCACGUUCGCGUUCUCGGGCAAGACGGCCAAGAACCGGUUCAUGAAGGCGGCCAUAACGGAGCGGCUGUCGACGUGGGACGCGCAGCGGCCCGAGAACCGCGGGGUGCCGACGCCGGAGCUCGUCAACGUGUACCGCCGGUGGGGCGAGGGCGGCUUCGGCGUCAUCCUCACGGGCAACGUCAUGCUCGACUACGACCAGCUCGAGUCCGCCGGCAACGCCGUCAUCCCCCCGGGGGCCCCCUUCGAGGGCGAGCGCUUCGAAGGGUUCCGCCGCGUCGCCGACGCCGCCAAGAGCCACGGCAGCCUCGUGCACGCCCAGCUGAGCCACCCGGGCCGCCAGGUCACCGCCGAGAUCAACCCGCACCCGGUCUCGGCGAGCGACGUGCAGCUCGAGGGCGUGGUGCUGGGGAAGAGGUUCGGCAAGCCGCGGCCGCUGAGCAAGGACGAUAUCAAGCGGGUCGUCGACGACUUUGCUUACGCCGCAGAGUACGUCCACCGGGCGGGCUUUGACGGCAUCGAGCUGCACGGCGCACACGGCUAUCUCCUCGCGCAGUUCCUCUCGCCGACGACGAACAAGCGCACCGACGAGUACGGCGGCUCGCUGGCCAACCGGGCGCGCAUCAUCCUCGAGAUCGCGGACGCGGUGCGGGCGCGGGUGGCGGACGCGUCGUUCAGCAUCGGCAUCAAGGUCAACAGCGUCGAGUUCCAGGAGGGCGGGUUCAGCACGGACGACUGCCGCGGGCUGUGCGCGGCGCUCGAGGCGCACGGGUUCGACUUUGUCGAGCUGUCGGGCGGCACGUACCAGAGCCUGGCGUUCGCGCACCGGCGCGAGUCGACGCGGCGGCGCGAGGCCUACUUCCUCGACUUCGCCGAGGCGGUGAUCCCGGAGCUGAAGCGGACCAAGGCGUACGUCACGGGCGGGCUGCGCACGACGGCGGCCAUGGUGGCGGCGCUCGGGACGGUCGACGGCGUCGGGCUGGCGAGGCCGGUGUGCAACGAGUUCGACCUGCCUCGCAAGAUGCUCGAGGGGGGGAUUCGGCUUGUCGGCCAGGACAAGGAGCCUCUGGACGCCAGCCAGGAGAAGUACAAAGAGGUGUUUGAGAAGUCGCUGGCCAAGUGGGCGGAGGGGAUGGCCGACAACGGCGACAACUCCAAGUACGGCUUCAUCGACAUCGAGGGCACGACGCUGCAGCCGUAUGGCACGUCGUACGCCGCGGCGGCGUGA